AUGGCAGUGAAGCUCGGCGUCAUCGUCUACGUGGUGCUCCAGCUCAUCGCGUUCGUGUUCGUGAUGAUUGGCACGGGGGUCGAUAUGUUUUACAUAAAACCGGAGCUCAUCGUUGUCCACAGGUUCUGCGUCACGUUGUGGGGUGGAAAGAGCAAUUGCCGAGAGCCCCAGAUUACCCUCCCCUUGGACGUUGGGUGGAGGGAUUGCACGCGCGUCCGGGACAACUUCCGGCUUGCUCAGGCGUUCGCCAUUAUCUCUGUCAUCGUGUACGGCGCGUCACUGCUCUUCGGCUUCCUUUUGCUGUGCUGCUGCUCUGACUUCCGCUUGCUCUGCCUGGCGGUGAACAUCGUGGGCGCUGUCACCGCUGGUGUUGUCUGGGCACUCAUGGUGGUGACCUACCGAAUCAAGGAACCCAACUGCCAACCGCUGAGUUUAGCCUACAAUUUCGGCACUGGCUUCGGUCUCUACGUGUGCGCUUGGGUUCUGGAUAUCCUCAACCUCAUCUUCCUUAUGCUCCCGUGGCAACUCGGGCAAUCCGGUAAGGGGGCGGAAGAGCGUGCGGAGGAGCUAAAGGUAACGGAGGAGUAG